AUGGGAAAUUUAAAAAUAUUCGUUUCUUUUUUUUGUUUUUUGUUUUUUUGUUUUCAAGUUUUUAAUUGUGAACAAUAUCAUGAUAAAAAAAUUAAUUUAAAAAUAGAGCUAAUUGAUAAAGAUUUAUUAUUAUCAUCUGAUCAUUUAAAGAAAGAAAAAAAUAUAGUCCAAAAUGGAAAAAAAAUUAAUUUAAAAGUUUUUGAAAGGAUAAAAGAAAAUGUUCUAGAAAGAGCUUUUAUUGUAAAAGAAAUAGACAAGAUAAAAGGUUUGAAUUCAUCAAAAAAAAAAGUAAUUAGCUUAGAUAAAUUGAACGAAACAUCUAAUGAAGAUGAUAGUGAAGUGGAUAAUGAUGAAGUACAGAGUAAUACAACUAAUGAAGAUAGUAAAGAUGACGGAAAUAAUAUAAAAGUUAUUUCAUCUGAAGAAUCUAUGGAAAAUGACAUUCAUAUGUUACGUAAGGUAUACCAAAGAAAUUCAAAAGAUGAAUCAACAACGUACUGUUAUAUGAGAUAUACAUUCAAUUUAAAUUUAGAAAAACUAAAUGAGAGUAACAGAAGUGAAAUAUUUAAAGGUCUAGAUAAAACAUCAGAUUAUCUAAAUUUUUUACCAAAAGAUGAUGAAGUUAGCGAUACUGAAUCCAUACUAGAUAGAGAAUACAAACAAAUGGAUAACUCAACAGAACCCAGUGACUCCAUUAUAUCAAAUGUUGAAUUAAAAAAUGAUAAUAUUAAUAUAUUUAAUAAUUCAGAUUAUAUUGAUACUAUCGACGAAAUUAUUAAUUACUUCGAUAGUAAAAGUGAUGAAUUAAAUAUACCCUCCUCCCUUAAAUAUAAAUUAUUAAAUGAAAAAAUUAAUUUGCAUACAGAUAACAAUGAUACUUCCUAUUUAUUGGAAAAUAAUUCCCAGAUAGGAGAAUAUUAUCUUUACGAAAUGUUAAAAACUUUAAAAAAUUCUUUUAUCAUGAAGAAAAAAAAAAUAAUAUUUUCGAGUAGUACAAAAGAAGAUGAUGAUAAUAAAAGUAUUUUUGGUGAAAAUGAAGAUUAUAUUUUUAUAAAUUCAAUUGAGAAAACAUUUUAUUGCUAUAACAUAUUAAAAAAAAAUGAUAUAUUUCGUUCUUUUAUUAUAAAUGAAGAAGAUAAAGAAGAAAAUAUAACCAAAAAUGUAGAUAUUAAAACUCAUGUACAUGAACAUUUAUCAAAUGAAAUAUCAAAAGAGGAAAAUAGUAAUGACGUAGAAAAUAUAAAAGAGUGUGAAUAUUUUUUUAAAUCAAUUUUACAAAACAAAAUGUUUUUAAGUAAAGAUACAGAUAUUUCAAAUAAUUUGAGUAACACAGAAUCUAAAAGAGAAGAAGAAAAAGAAGACGAGAAAAAAGAAGAGAAAGAAGAUGAGGAAAAAGAAGAAAAGGAAGAAAAAGAAGAUGAGGAAAAAGAAGAAAAAGAAGAUGAGGAAAAAGAAGAAAAAGAAGAUGAGGAAAAAGAAGAAAAAGAAGAUGAGGAAAAAGAAGAAAAUUCAAAUGAUGAAAAUGCUAUUUUUAAAAAUUUUAAUUCAUCAGAGAGAAAAUCAAACUUUAGAGAUUCUUACAAUUUAAAUAAUGAACAUAAUUCUAGUACUAAUCUAAUACAAAAAAAAACAAAUAAUACUCCAGAUUUAUCAUAUUUACAAAAUAAUCAGAAUUAUUUAAAAGAAACUCAAGCAUUUAGUGAAUUGUUAGAGGAAAUAAAAAAAGAUAAAAUGUAUUAUGAAUAUAAUGAUGACGAUGAUAAUGAGUAUGAUGAUAGUGAAGAUGAAGAUGAAGAAAACGAUAACAUAGAUGAAGAGGAAGAUGAAAAUGAUGAAGACGAAGAUGAUGAAGAUUAUAAUAAAGAUAAUGAGGAGGAUGAUGAAGAUUAUAAUAAAGAUAAUGAGGAGGAUGAUGAUGUAGAUGAUGAUGUAUAUGACGAUGAAGAUGACGAUGAAGAUGACGAUGUAGAUGAAGACGACAUCAGUGAGGAGGAAAUUGGAGAAAAAAAAUUUGGAGCAAAAAGUAUAUUGAAAAGUUUAGCAAAAAAGGGUGCCAACAAGCUAAUAGAUAAAGCAACCGAUAGUAUUUCAAAGACUAUAAAUAAAAAAUUUAAUGUAGGUAAUUUAUUAGAUAAAGCAACUAAGGUAGUUAAUAAAGUUAAAAAAGGAGUUAAUAAUGGUAAAAAGGUUGUUAAUAAAGUUAAAAAAGAAUCAAAAAAAGGCUCUGAUAAAGUUAAAAAAGGAAAAAAGAGCACUAACAAAGUUAAAAAAGAAUCAAAAAAAGGCUCUGAUAAAGUUAAAAAAGGAAAAAAGGGCACUAAAAAAGUUAAAAGUGAAGCAACAAACUCUCCUAAUAAUUUGAGAAAAAAAAAAAAUGGAGAUAUUAAUAAAAAUAAAAAUACAUCUAAUAAAAGUCAAAAUAAUAAAAAGAAAACGUUGAAAUCAAAAUCUACUUCAAAAAAAAAUUCUACGGGAUCAUCAGGGAAAAAAGAUUCAAAGAAAGAAAUAUCUUUAUUAAGUAUGUCUUCAGAAUCAGUUAAAAAUACUCUAAAUAAGAGUAAAAUAAGAAAGGAAAUAGAGAAAAUUGAUAAAGAAUACAAAAAGCUGAAAAAAAUGGAAAAUAAAAUAAAGGAAGAACUAAAAACACCUGUUCCGUCAGAUAAAAAAAUAAUUACUGAAUUUGAUGAAUUUGAAAAAUUACAUAAAAAAGAUGAAUUAAAAUAA